AUGACUCCUAAGAAAAAAAUAUUUCAGAAUUUUCAAGGUAACGAUAAUGAAAUAUUAAGUCCAACAAAAAAGGGGAUAAAAUUAAAUGUUAGUAAAUUAAAUAUUUUAAAUUUUGAAAGCACAAUAAUAACAAAAGAAGAAACUAAUUAUGAAUACAACGCAUCAUUAAAUAAAGAAAUAGAUCAGGUGUUAAAUAACAAAAUAAUAAAUACACAUAAUAAUAAAAAAAAUAAUUUACAUUUAUAUGAUUAUAAUAAUAUAAAAAAUAGUACACACGAAUUUUAUAUUGAUUUAAACGAACAAAAUAAGCAAAGCAUUAAGUAUAAUGAUAACAAGUUUACUCCUAUAAAUAAAAAAGAAAAAUAUAAUCUUGAUGAAACCUCUUCUUCAUCUAUAUCAUCAUCAUUAACAAAUUCUGUGGAUGAAAACAAAAAAAAAAAAAUUAAAAAGAAUAAUAGUACUAUUAUAAAUAUAUUAAAAAAAAAUAAUAAUAACAACAAUUCUAAUAUACAUCAUAAUAAGAAACAUAACAUUUAUAAUAAAUAUAACAUAUCGAAAAAAACACAAAACAAAGAUAUACAUACCCUUCCCUCCAAUCAACAAAUAGAAAAAAAAAAUAAUAAUAAUACAUAUAAUACAUAUCAAGAUAAAAUGAAAAAAAAUAUAUCAAGAAAAAAUACACAUAAUAUAAAGUAUAAUCAAAAUAAAGAUAUACAAACCAAAAGGACAAGUGAUCAAAGUCAAGAUCAAAAUAAUCAUUUCGAAAGAAGAAUUUUAAGAAGUUAUACCAGAAACAAUGAUCAUGUGAAAAACAAUUUAAAAAAUAAUAUUAAGAAUAAUAAUACACUUAAAAGAUCUAGCCAGUCUCUUAGAAUUGAUUCUGACUUGGACUUGUCAAGUGCUCAUCAAAAUAAACGAAUUAAGUAUGAUGAAAAAAAUGUAAUACAUAGGAAUAAUAAUAAUAAUAAUAAUAAUAAUAAUAAUAAUAAAACACCGAGCAAUAAUCAUAAUAAUAAAACAGCGAGCAAUAAUCAUAAUAAUAAAACACCGAGCAAUAAUCAUAAUAAUAAAACAGCGAGCAAUAAUCAUAAUAACAAAACAGCUAGCAAUAAUCAUCAUAAUAAUCACCAUAAUAAUAAAACAGCGAGCAAUAAUCAUAAUAAAAAUUACAAAAAACAAACUGACAGUAAACAUACAAAUAACACUCAAAAUAAUAAAUACAAUAAAACAAAAACAACAAACACUUUUAAGCAUCCCUCAAAAGAUCAUACAGAUGUAAACACAACAAUUUAUAAAAGCAGAUAUAUCAACACAUAUACAAUGGAUGAAGUACAAAAAUCCAUAAAAAGCAAUACAAUAAAACUUGUUAAAGAAAAUUCUUGUGAAUAUCAAGACGGUAUUAUAUAUGAAACCAUUCAAAUUAAUGAUGAGGAAUAUAGCAUAGGAGAAGAUGUACUAAUUUUCUAUACACCUAAUAAUAAUAAUAAUAAUAAUAAUAAUAAUUCAUAUAAUGAAAAAAGAGAUGAUAACAAGAAUCAAAAUAAUAAUAUAAAAGAAAAUAUAUAUCUACUAAAAAAAGGGAAAAUUUCAAGCUUUUAUAAAAGUACAAACAGUAAAGUUAUCCAAGUAGAAAUAUGUUUUUAUUAUGACGAAAGCGAUGAACAACGUAUAAGAGAACUUGAAAAAAAACAAACAUCUAGGAGAUGUAAAGAAGAUUUCAAUAUGUAUCUUCAUGAUGAUACGAAAUAUUAUAAUCUCCUAGGAAAUAUUAAUUUCACAAUAUUAGAUGCUAAUUAUAUUUAUAAAAAAAUUUAUGUCUAUAAUGAAAUAGAAACCUUUGAAGAAGAUACACAUGCAAGAAAAGGAAAAAAUAAAUUUCUAUGUACACAUUAUAUAAAAGAUAAAGAAGAUCGAUUAUGUUUUAUACCAAAUCAAAAUCACUGGGAUAAUUUAGUUUUAGGUUCUAGUGAUUUAUAUUAUUAUUUUGCUAAUGAAAAAAAGUUAAAUAAAAAUAAAUCUUUAAAACUAAUUAUAGAAAAGUUAAAGAUAAAUGAUAAGAUAAACGACACACAAGAAGGAAAUCACAAAAAAAAAAAUAAUAAAAAGGAAUAUAUAAAUAAAGCUCAAACAACCACAAAUGUAAAUGCAAAUACACAUACCAAAACAUUAAGUCAUCAUAAUAAAUCCAAAACAACCAAAAAUAAAGAAAGUAGUUCCACUUCUUUUUUACAAGAUGUUAAAAAAAAAUCUGAUCCUCAGAACAACGAUUUCCAAUCAUCUCUAAAAGAAGAUCAAGAAAAUUAUUAUAUUAAUUUAUUAAAAAAUAUAAAAGAUCCAACAGAUAAAGCUAUACGUAUGAUGCAAUUAGAUGUCGUACCUAAGUAUCUACCAUGUAGAGAAAAAGAAAUUAAAGAAGUACAUGGGUUCUUAGAAUCAGGAAUUAAACAAUCUGGAAGUAAUCAAAUUUUAUAUAUUAGUGGAAUGCCAGGAACCGGGAAAACCGCAACUGUUUAUAGUGUAAUACAAUUAUUACAAAAUAAAAGUAGAAAAAAAUUAUUACCAACAUUUAAUGUAUAUGAAAUUAAUGGUAUGAAUGUUGUUCAUCCGAAUGCAGCUUAUCAAGUUUUCUAUAAACAACUUUUCAAUAAAAAGCCACCAAAUGCUCUAAAUUCCUUUAAAAUAAUUGAUAGACUAUUUAAUAGAUCCCAAAAAGAUAACAGAGAUGUAUCCAUUUUAAUAAUAGAUGAAAUAGAUUAUUUAAUAACGAAAACACAAAAAGUACUCUUUACCUUAUUUGAUUGGCCUACGAAAAUUAAUAGUAAAUUAAUUCUUAUCGCUAUAUCAAAUACCAUGGAUUUACCAGAUAGACUUAUACCUAGAUGUAGAUCAAGGUUAGCUUUUGGUCGAUUAGUUUUUAGUCCAUAUAAAGGAGAUGAAAUCGAAAAAAUUAUUAAAGAAAGAUUAGAAAACUGUAAAGAAAUCAUAGAUCAUACAGCUAUUCAAUUAUGUGCAAGAAAAGUUGCAAAUGUAUCAGGAGAUAUCCGAAAAGCACUACAAAUUUGCCGUAAAGCUUUCGAAAAUAAAAGAGGACAUAAAAUCGUACCCAGAGAUAUAACAGAAGCAACUAAUCAAUUAUUUGAUUCUCCUUUAACAAGCGCAAUCAAUUAUUUACCUUGGGCAUUUAAAAUCUUUCUUACAUGUCUUAUAAUCGAAUUAAGAAUAAUAAAUGAAUUUGUUAUACCAUAUAAAAAAGUAGUAAAUAGAUAUAAAAUACUUAUCGAAACAAGUGGGAAAUAUAUAGGAAUGUGUAGCGAUAAUGAACUAUUUAAAAUUAUGUUAGAUAAGUUAGUGAAAAUGGGAAUACUCCUUAUCAGACCAUAUAUACCAUUAGAAAAUACAUCUAAAAAUAAAUCUAAAGAAGCAUUAUUAGGUUUUAAUGAAUCCUCCAAAAAAACAAAUAACCAAAAAAUUACUAGGGCACAGGUAAGUCCAGAUAUUGAUAAGGAAUCUGGGGACAUGGGCAUAGAACUCAACAUCGAAACGCAAUUAAUUAUAACAGCCUUAAUGAAGGACCCGGACUGUUCAAAGAAAUUAAACUUUUACUAG